AGUUGUCAAAUGUCAACCAGUCGAACUUGAAUUGGUUUUGUAAUUUGUAUUGGCUUUUCUAUUCAUUGCGUUUGCGUUGUUGCUCGGUAACUUUAGUGAUUUACCAUUUCAAAUAGGACAUUUGAGAAAUACUCGGUGUCGGUCGACUUUGUACGAAUACGAACGUUUUAUGUUGUUAAAGUGGUAAAAAGUUUUUGGGAAUCAUCAACAGUAAAUUGUGCAGACAGCCGAUAAAUUAAUAAAAGAAUAAUUGUACCGUACUUAAUAUUACUUGGUGAUAACCAUAAAUAACUUAAUUUGCAAUUUGAUUUAACAUCGAACAUUUGGAAUAAGUAAAAUUUAAAUAUGGCAGAAAACAAUCCAGACUCAAUUCCUUCAGAUGUAGAAAACACUUAUACCACACCAGCAAACGAUCCUAAAAACAUGCAGGAGGUUACGCAGUAUGUCCAGACUCUGCUGCAAACAAUGCAGGAUAAGUUCCAAAGCAUGUCAGAUCAAAUAAUAAACAGAAUAGAUGAAAUGGGCACUAGAGUUGAUGAAUUAGAGAAAAAUAUCACUGAUCUUAUGACUCAAGCCGGAGUUGAAAAUGAGAAGUAGUACGGUAACACAUACAUCUAGUAUAGUUAUAUGUUACACCCAAAGAUACCCUGUGCCUGGAUUUUAAAUCAUAUAGAUAAAAAUGAAAACACACAAUCUUUUGUAAUGCUAUUGAACUAGUUUAAAAAUAAUUCAUAUGUAAUACAGAGUAAUGCUAUGUGGCAGAACUACUAGAUUUGCCACAAAAAAAAA